GCCGAAGAAGACAGGUUUUGACGUCAACGCGUAUGAGCAUGCCUUCCACGCCCGAACAUAAACAAAGGCAGGACGUUGCGCUGCAAUAAACUCUAUUCUCCUGGUAUUUUAUAUGAUAACAGUACCGACAAAUUGGAACGCGACUUAUUUUUUGGAGACAUGGAAAACACAUUGUUGAUGCGAGUGAGUGUAUUUACCGACCAAGGAGGCAGGAAAUACAUGGAAGAUGUGACCGAGGUCAUAGUAGAGCCGGAGCCGGGAGAAGAUGAGCCACCCUCGGGUGAGCUAGAGGAGAGCAAUGGGGGAGACUGCACGGUCAAAUAUCUGGCUGCGGACACGCAUCCAGACCUGACUGGUGAAACCGCCGUGUCCCCGCAGGUUUCAGAUGCAUCAUGUGAAUCUGUGCGAACGGAAGACCAAAGUAUUUUAGUGAACACGUCUUUAUCGGGAGGUCACAGCCCGCCGCGAGCUCAGGAGAGUUAUGCGAGUCCUUCCCGCCGUUCCGUAGCGUUCUUCGCUGUGUUUGACGGGCACGGAGGUCGCGAGGCAGCGCAGUUCGCACGAGACUAUUUGUGGGAGUUCAUGAAAAAGCAGCGGGGCUUCUGGUCAGACUGUGACCGGGAGGUCUGCUUGGCUAUACGCAAAGGAUUUGUAGCCUGCCACCACGCUAUGUGGAAGAAGCUACCUGAAUGGCCAAAGACACUCACAGGCCUUCCCAGCACAUCGGGCACCACGGCUAGUGUAGUUUUCAUACGAGGAAAUCGCAUGUAUGUGGCCCACGUUGGGGACUCGGCAGUGGUUCUAGGGAUCCAGGAUGACCCCUCAGUUCCGUUCAUCAGAGCUGUGGAAGUCACACAAGACCACAAACCUGAACUACCCAGAGAGAGGGAGCGUAUUGAAGGUCUGGGAGGGAGUGUUAUCAAGAAGUCUGGAGUGAACCGGGUGGUCUGGAAGAGGCCAAGGCUGAGUCACAACGGCCCAGUCCGUCGGAGCACUGUCAUUGACCAGAUACCAUUCUUGGCAGUAGCCCGAGCUCUAGGUGAUCUGUGGAGCUAUGACUUCUAUAGCGGAGAGUUUGUGGUUUCUCCAGAGCCCGACACCAGUGUGGUGAUCCUGGAUCCCAGGAAACACCACUACAUCAUUCUGGGCAGCGAUGGUCUGUGGAACAUGGUGCCACCUCAAGAGGCUAUCUCCAUGUGUCAGAACAACAAUGAGGCAAUGGCACCAUGUGGGGUAUCGAGUGCCCGGCAGCUUGUCAGCCAUGCUCUGCUGCGGUGGCGCCAGCGCAUGUUGCGUGCUGACAACACCAGCGCCAUUGUAAUCGCCCUGCAGGAGCCUGGGACCUCCCAGGACACGCUGCACCAUGAGGAGGUGCUGCUGGACCUGGCCAAGGUGUCCCAGUGUCCUCCUACCUCAAUAUCCCGCGCUGACACUCCUCUCCUUCAGCAGCGGCCUCAAGAGGAAGACUCUCCCUCGGCCGUGUGUGAGCUUCUCCCUGUCUUGGAGCGACGGGACGGCCUAUCAGGAAGCAACAGCCUGUACCACAUGACUCUGUCUGACCCGUUCACCUUGACUCCACUGGGUCCUAACAGUAGUGCUGAGUUGCCCAGUCAGUCCAGUCCCACUGACAGGACAAUUGGCAGCAGGACACCCAACAGCAAAAGAACUAGCGACGGCUCAUCAUCAGGCCUGUCGGCUAAGAAGGCCAGACGCAGGAGUGCCGACAGGCUGCCGCUGGUCCAACACAACGCAGAGAAAAAACAGAAGGAUUCCAAUAACGUCUCCCCUAUUCUCCAGAAGCAUAGCAAGCCCACAGUGUGUGUGUGCUGAAACACACACACACACACACACACACACACAUCAACCUUUUCUCCAGUGGGAUUUCUGUUCCUUAUGUUAGUCCUGCACAUUCUCUCAGUACUAACCAGUCUUGCUGUAGAGGUUGUGGAAAGACCUUUCUCCGUGCUUAGCGCCAGUACAAUAGUCUUUUGAAAACUUAAGUAGGGAUAAUUUUCACAAGCUCUUUUGUGUCUUGUUUCAAAAAUACUUUCCUGAAAUGCUGAUUAAAUGUGUCCUACGCCACCUCUUUCUCGUAACAGUUGUAAGAAAUAAGUAUGGCCAACAAUGCUGGUGUAAAUAUAAUGCGUUUUAUAGUUCAGUAUUGAGUACGUCAAACUAUUAAUUUAAAACAAAUAUAUACUGUAUAAAUAUAUAUAUAUAUAUAUUUUUAAACCUUCUUUUAUUGUUUGAUGAUAAAACAUGAACAUUUAAAUGAGCUCCACCACAGCUUUCAUCUCCUUUUCACUCCAUAUAACAUUGUGUGCACACCCUAUUAUAAACAUGUUUAUGUAUUUUUAUUCUUAUUUAAUUACUCAAAAUUUGUCUUGAAUUUAAACUGAAGUUGCUGCUACAGUCACAGACCAGUAAGCUACUACAUUGUGUAUAUUGUUAUAUAACUAUAUUAGUGUAGCCUUCUUCUUCUUUGAGAGCAUGCAUGUCGCAUAACACAUCUGCCCCUUUUUGAGGUUUCAAAUAAUGAAAGGGGUUUUUAAGUUUUAAUUGCACAUAGCUCCUUAAGGAAUAGAUCCACUCUCUUGUCAUCAUAUUACAAUGUUGUAAUUUGUAAUGACGCAUCACAGUUGAGACUUUUGGUGUAAUCACUUCCCCUGGGCCAGCUUCACCCAUUCAUACAUCAGGUAAUGAUUUUCUAUAUUUCUGACCAUGCCUUUCCGCAGAAAGCUUUAUCAGAAGGUGGUAUGUCUGCCUCUUCAAUGAUGGAUUUUUCCCACUGAGUUUGCUACAUCCAGGCUCUAAAA